CAAGCCACCACAACACACAGCAUGCCCUUGGCCCCUCCUCCGACCACUUUGUCCCCACUUUUUUACUCUUCCCCUUUUUCUCUCUGUCCCACGCGUCCGUGCCCUCCCACAUCGGACGUGCCCAGUCGCGCGGCUCAUGUCCUUCUCGUCUACUCGGGCCUCGCAGGCGCGCCGCAUGGCCGAGCGCCGGCGUCCCCUUGCCCUGGAGCCAGACGACCCGGAGGAAGGUGAUACCUCGAUGGGCACCUCUCUGCCUUCGAUUUCGAGCGCGGUGACCACUGACACCGGGGCGGCGACCGCCGGCAGCAGCCCACCUACCGAGAGGGCGUCGCUCUUUCGGUCGCGCGGAAGUCGCACACGAGCGGCCCCGCGUCCGGCCCUCGCUGAUCUUGACCCUGAUGCCGAUCCGUCGGAUGUCGGUGUGGCCGCGCCGCCGCCCCGAUCGCGAGUGGCCCGAUCGCGCCCGGCUGCCCCGGCUGCCAAGCUCUCCUUUGGCGAGGAGGAGGGCGAGGAGGACUUUGUGCCGGGCCCCGGGCCGCGGACUGGCCCCGGUGGCACGGACACUGGCCCUCUGUGGAGGCGCUCUGGCGGCACCUCGAGUGUUCAGUCCGGCCGUGGGCCGUCGCGUUUUUCCGGGUCUCUCGGUGCUGGUCGGUCGCGUGGUGGGUCACUGGUGAAUCCCCGUGUGACAGAAGGCCCGGCGGCUGGACAGGGCCCGACUCUGGUCGGCCCCUCUCGGGACUACAGCGCCGCGGCGCUGGCCCAGCUGAAGGCCUCCACGCCGUCGCUUUUCCUGGCUGGCGAGUCCCGGCCGGAGAUUGUGUCGGUCCUGGAGGACGAGGAUGAGGGCGAGGCUGGCAGCAUGGCCGACGGCCCGGCCAGCGGUGUCACACCGAUCUAUGUGCCCGAUGAGGCGACCAUCCGGGCUUGGAAGGAGGAAUCCCUUGCGCGGCAGGAGGCGCAGGCGCGCGCGCGUCUGGCCGCCCGCCGGCAGGCCCGCUCGCAUGGUGGCCUACACUCGGACGAUGACACGGAUGACGACGGCCCAGGUGGCGAUCGGUAUCGCUCGCCGGCGCCGGACUUCAUUCCCUUGUCGCGUCGCCGCGGUGGCGCCGGCAGCGACUAUGAUGCCAUGGAGGUGGAUGUGGCGGAUGUCGGGCCCCCGGGUGGCAGUGAGGCGGCCGGUCGGCGCCGGCGCCCGCGCCAGGACGACCCCGAUGGCGAGGUUGACCUGCUGGAGGAGGAAUUCACAUCCGGACGCUCGGGCGGGGAUCAUGCCGCCGCGCGCCGGAGUCAGCUGCUGGUCGACAUGCGCCGGAGCAUGGCCCCCCCGGGAGCCGGCGCCCGAGCCGACGCAGGCCCCGACUCGCCGGCCGCCAUGGUCGCCGAUGUGGCUGAGGAGGAUGAUGAUGAUGAAGAGGCGACCCUCUCACAAUGGGAGGCGGAGCUGGUCACGCGAGGUGUCCGUGCCCGGGCGGUGUUUGUGGACGCCGCCGGGCAGGUGGCGCGGGUGGGCUCGCAUGCCGACAUGCAGGGACCGACCGAUGCCAGCCUGCUGGCGCGUGCCCGGCGCGACCUGGCGUCCCAACGCCGUACGGUCCUUCCCGGGAGUGAUCGAGCUCCGGUGGAUGUGGUCUUCCUCAAUGAAUCAAGCUCGACCUCUUCGCUGCACAGGGCCUUCUCGUCUGAUGGGCCCCUCGAAGCGCCGGAUCUGCCGACAGCCCCGUCCUUGCGCAAUGUCACCCUCCGGCUGGAGCAUCUGGCCUCGCGCAUGGCCGCACAGACCGAGACCAAUGACCGCCGCCUGGCCGAAGCUGAGCGGCAGAUCGAGCAGGAUGAAGCGCAAAUCACCCUCGGUGGGGAGAAGCUUCAGACGGCGCGCUCGCGCUACCUCUUCCACCAGGGGCUUCGUCGGUAUCUGGACGAUCUGGGCGAUCGGAUGGCCGCGCUGCGUGAGCCGCUUGAGCGUGCUGAGCGCGAGGCCGCCGACGCCCUGGCCCGAGAUCUGGUCGAGCAGCGGCAACAGCAGCAGCCGGCGGACGGCGGCGAUCCGACCGCGGCCUGGCCACGGUGGCAGGCGGUAGCCGCGCGGGCUGGGCCGCAACUCCUGCGGAACGUGCCGGCGGAAUUCGCCGAUGUGCGUCUGUUGGGCGUACGCUUGGAGGCCUGGCGCUCACAGAGCCCGGAAAGCUAUGAGGCCGCGUACGCGCGCGAGUCGCUGGAUCGCCUGUUUGCCCCGCUGGUGCGCGUGGCUCUCCUCCGCUGGAAUCCGCUGGACACGACCGGCGAGUGGGCGCGCCUGGCGGCGGCGGCGGCGGCGGCGACGGCGGUAGAGGACGAGGAGCCGGCCCCGGGGGCGGCGGUCAUCGCCGCGGCCGCCGAUGCCAUGGAGGUCGACCCAAUCGAAGCGGGCACCCAGUCCGUGGCCCGUGCUCCGGACGGUGCGUCGGCCCCGGGCAACUCCUUCCGGCUGUUGCCGGACCUGGCGGCGGUGCUGGACCUGCCGGUCUUCCGGGAGGGGGGCUCGGCACACCGGGAGCCGGGGGCUGUGCCGGCUGCCCUGCCCCUGAGCCCGGCCGGUGGGCGUCUGAUUGGCCAGACAGUGGUGCCCCGGCUGACGGCCCUGAUCACCGGGGGGGUGGACAUCCCGGCGGCCGAGCUGGAACGCUGUAUCGAGCGCCUGCUGGUGCCGGAACUCGAGCGGGCCGGCGCUCCUGCGGUGGCCAGCACCUAUGCGGAGCUGAUGAGCGCCCUGGAGUCACGCUUGUAUGCGUAGGCCGUGACUACCAAAGGGGAAUAGAUCUGCUUUUUGAGCA